AUCAUUACUAUACUACUACAACAAAUUUCAGGAGUGUCAGUUUUGCUUAUUUUAGGAGUGAAAAGAUUGAAUGACUAUUUUAUGCGAAGAUUCUCUACUUGAACAAGAGAAUGUGAGCUAUACCCUCACACACAAACUGACUCAAGAACAAGAAAAUUACUACAUGGUGUCAGCUCUCCGACAUGUUGUCUCCGGUACCGGCGAUAACGAUGAAGCUUCUCAGCUUUUGUUGGAAGUUGAAAAUGCUAGUAGUGGUAAUUUGGCAUGUAGGAGUAUUGAUGUGGAGUUAGAGAAGGGGAAGAAGAGGAGAAGGAGGAAUACGAAAAAGGAAUUUAGGGGAGUGAGACAAAGACCAUGGGGAAAAUGGGCUGCGGAGAUACGUGACCCGCAUAAAGCCCAACGACUUUGGCUUGGUACGUUUGCUACUGCUGAAGAUGCUGCUAGAGCUUACGACAAAAAACUAUAGAAUUUAGAGGUGAAAAGGCUAAAAUCAAUUUUCCUAUUUCAGAAUAUACUGCUAGGGCGAUCAAUGAUGAGAUUAACAUGUCGCCAACAGUAGUAAUGGAAGAAGAGAGAGAAUUAAAUGGUGAAAAUAGGAGUAAUAGUAUGCAAAAUUGUGAUGAGGACGACUUUUGGGAGACGUUAGAAGAUGAUGCACUUUUCAAGCGGAUAACACAAAAUAUGAUCCUCUAUUCAGAUUAGGUUGUUUUAUGGGGUCUGAAAAUAUCUUUAUUCUUUCGUU